CCAGCGGCGUAGCGCACGGCACGAACGGGCCGCUCGCGCCCUUGCAGGAACGUUGGCUCGACGUGGAGCCGCGGGAGCCCCGUCCGCCACGCUGACCGCGCGCAAAGUGGGCCAACGUCCCCGCUACGCCUGGUCCGGUCCGUCCAUGGCCAGCCUGUCCGAGAAGCGGUUGCUGGUCGGCUUCGACGACCUAGGCAUCCCCGACUGGACGCAGGUCGAGUUCCUCACCUUCUCGCGCGAGAUACGCCUGUGCUCGCUGUGCGGCGUCGUCUCGGCCAGCACGGCCACCGUCGGCUGCCAGCAUGUUCUCUGCAGCUUCUGCUUCCGCGACCAGGGAGAGGGCCCCAGCAUCGUCUGCCCCAUUGACAAGGUGGAGACCUCUACCAGCAAGGCCAAAUUCGAGCGGAACAACACCGAGCUGCUACUGUCGCUUCGCGUGGCAUGUGUGAACCGUCGCAAUGGGUGCCGCCUUCUGGACACACUGCGGGGCAUGAAGGAUCACCUCAAGCAGUGCGAGUUCCAGGCCGUCCAGUGCCAGAUGUGCGGCAAGAAGAUCAAGCUUCACGAGGUGCCUGGCCACGCACGCAAGGACUGUUCCCGCAUUCCCAAGUCCGAAAACAGCAAGCGAGCCGCCGCAGCACCAGCUGCCCAGCCAGCAGUAGCCACGAUGCGCACAGCACCACCGAAAUCCAUGGGUGAGCAGACGACGACUAUGGGACAAAUGCAGGGCCAGGUAGCGCAAACUGCACCGCCUCAGGUCAUGCAGGCUCAAGCAAUGCCGCCACAGAUGGUCAUGCAACCGAUGUCGAUGACACCACAGGCAAUGAUGACUCAGCACCUCCAAGCGGCACCUGUCGUCAUGCAACAAGCACCAUGGCUUGAUGAAGUCGCCACGCUGCAGCAGAAGGUGAACAAAGUGCAUGAAGACGUACGCAAGAUGGCCACCAGGAUGCAGGCACUCAAGGAUGAGACUGCCCGGGAGCUAGACAUCUUUAAGAAGGAAUUGCAGAAGAUGAAGAAUGAGAAAGGAGAUUACAGUAUGAUUGUCAAUGGCAUUUCUGGCUUGCGCAGUCAAAUGAAGGACAACAUGGUGGAUGUGACUGAUGAAUUCGAUGCCAUUAAGGAAGAGAUGAGGCUUUACGGAGCAAGCAUUGAGGACCUUGGAGCACUGAAGGAGACCAUGGAAAUGAGGAUUGGAGAUAUUGUUCAGCAUGUGGAAUCACUGAAGGAAAGCGUGGACGCAUAUGCGAACCUGAGUACCACGGUGACUGAGAUGAAGACCUCAAUUGCUGCUAUUCAGGACAUGAAGCAUGUGAUGGAAUUUGUCUCAGACUUCGAACAGACCUUGCUGGGCGACAUUACAGGAAGCUCUGGCGACAAGAAGAAAGCAUUUACCCAACAAGUGGAGAUGCUUAAGAAAUGUGUGGAAGUAAUUGAUGAACUAAAGUCAACGGUCAAGCUUAAGGAUAUGGAGCAAGUUGUCAAUGAACUAAGCACCAUCAAGGAUGAUCUGGGAAAAUAUAGUGCACUUAAUGACAAGGUUGAAGGAAUAUCAUCAGAUUUAACUGGGCUGAAGGCAGUAGUGAAGGAGGCUGGGGACUUUGCCAGGAGCAAUCCUGCGCUGACACGGGAAUACCGCACCGAGCUUGAAGGGUACAGGGCGGAGGUCAAACUGAUACAAGAGAAAAUGCAGAAAAUUGGCACCGACAUCGAUCAUCUGAAGAGCACUUCAGAUGAUACAAAGGAUAAAGUUGGACUUGAUGAAGUAGUUGCUGAAGUCUCAAACCUAAAGAUGAAAUUCGAGGACUUCGAUGCCAUAGAAGAAUCCCUGCAAGAAACAAAGGAUGGAUUUCUGCGUAUUAAUGUUCUGUCAGUAGAGCUUGACAAAAUCCGUGAGAAGAUUGAUAAACUUGAACAAAGCGAAGUAAUGAACAAGGACACAGCCAAGAAAUUGGAAGAGGCAACCACACAGCUGUCUUCCAUGCAGACAGUAAACGAGAGUAUUCAGAGGUUGCAAAACAGCUUGCAGACACUAAACAAGCGCUUCAUUAGAAAGACUGAAGAGUUGCAGGCAAGCAUUGGAGCUACUGUGUCAGAAAAGCUUGAAGCUUCAGAAAAGUUUAAGGAACUGGCAGAAGUAAAAGCAACUAUCGCUGAGGUAAAGAAGGAUGUCCAACUGUUGAAUGACCUGAAAGACACAUUGUCUACAAAAAGCGGUGCCAAGCAAGAAGGCCUUGCAGAUGUAGUUAAAGACUUGAAGACCCUCAAAGCCAGUAUGCAGACAAUGAAAGAAUCAACUGCAUCAAUACAUGAAAAGGUGAAGCACUUUGAAGAGCUGCGAAAGUCAGUUGAUGCGAUGAAAAAAGACAUGAAGGAUUACCAGGAGUUCAAGACAAACUUUGCCAGUUUAAAGAAGACUGUAGAGGAACGAUUGAAGAGCGCUGAGGACUGAGCAUUCCACAUCAAGUGUUCUAAUUGUGCAGUGACCACGAUGCAGAACUCUUGUGCCCUGUCACAUUCCAGUAAGGACAUGUCAAGAGAAGAAAAUAAAGGCUUACUCACUACAACC